GUGAUGAUAAUAGAAUUUUAGAGGGUAUCUUAUUUUGUUGGUGUUGUUAUAAAUGUGGAUGUGUUUGGUACUUUUGGUAGCUUUACUCAAAACUUUAGAAGAAAGGAAAUAACUUCUGCUUCUUCUUGGGAUCCAUAAGUUUUGUUUGAGGUGGUCAGUGUCUGAUGGAGUGUAAUGCAAAGCCAUCGAUGCAAUGGGAAUGGGAAAAUUUAAUAUCUUUUGGUGGUUCAUCAGGUGAACUUCCUAGAAAGCUAAAACAAAUGGAGUGGGAGAUUGAUGGGUUUGAUUGCACCUCUCUGUAUUCUUCAAGCUUUGCUGCAGUAGCUUAUGGUGGUGGUGGUAGUUCAGGUUCUGAUAUAGCUCAUGCUUUCUCUAAAAGUUCGAAGUCGACUUCCCUUAGCUCUUCAUCAGCUGAAGUGAGAACAUACAAUUUUACAUCAGAAGCUGGUGAAAGUCUUCCAGGAGAAUUGGGCAGCAGUGAAGAGUUUGCGAAAGGAAUCAAUACUUCUCCAAGUCUUGAACUUUCUUUUGGCUCUGGUGAUCCGGUGCUCGGUUUAAAGCUUGGUAAGCGAACGUACUUUGAAGACUUUUGGGAAGUGGAAAAUUCAAAAGGUUUAGCACUACCAGUGAGCCUCGCGUCAUCUUCUGUUUCUCCGGUGAAGAAAUCAAAACCCAUUCCUCAGAAGUUACAAACUCCUCAUUGCCAAGUUGAAGGCUGUAACAUUGAUCUCUCAUCAGCUAAAGACUAUCAUCGGAAACACCGGAUUUGUGAAAACCAUUCAAAGUUCCCCAAAGUCGUCGUGAGUGGCGUAGAGCGUCGGUUCUGCCAACAAUGUAGCAGGUUCCACUGUCUCUCUGAGUUUGAUGAAAAGAAACGUAGCUGUCGCCGACGUCUCUCAGAUCACAAUGCAAGACGUCGCAAGCCAAACCCUGGGAGGACAUAUGAUGGGAAACCACAGGUGGAUUUUGUAUGGAACAGAUUUGCACUUAUCCAUCCAAGAAGUGAGGAAAAUUUUCUGUGGCCAAGUUCGAAGCCCGUACAAUCAAGAGGGUUAAUACCGCAACCUACAAAGACCGAGACUUCAAAUAAGCAGUUCACCGAGCACUGUGGUUUUGGAUUGUUGGACCCCAAAACCAAAACCUCAAGAGCUGAGUUAUUCAGUAAAGAAAAGGUCACAAUCUCUUCACACAUGGGUGCUUCUCAAGAUCUUGAUGGUGCUCUCUCUCUUCUGUCAAAUUCAACAUCAUGGCCAGUUUCCUCUGACCAACCGAGACGUUUUUCCCUUGAUCACCAUCCUUCAAGCAACCUCCAACCCCCGGCUCACCGGUCUGCGACUCAACUCAAUUCAGUGUCCAGCUAUUGGCAGCCGAAUCCACCAGCAGUUGAUGGCACAACCACUCAGCAUAGAAAUGGUGUAGGCCAGUUUAACGAGAACUACUUCAGCUUGAACGAGUUCUAUAACUAAUAUGUGAACGCCUUUUAAGUCCUAAUAAGAUAUUUUAUGUUAAGGAUCAGGCAAGCUAGUGUUAAGUUAAGAUUGGUGCUGUGAAACUUGCAAGACACUAAAUCCUCUUCUCUUCUGUUUUGUUCAAUAUUUUCAUUGGCUAGAUCA